AUGUCUGCCAAAAGUAAAAGGCGAACGUGUCAGCAGCUCGUCAUCUUUUCAUAUAAUUUACACAAAUGGAAGCUUCGUUAAAUCAUUAGAUUUUUCAUUGAAUUGUAGUAAUAGGACAGUUGCCAUCAAAAAUGAGUUUCUCCGUGAAAAAGACAGGUGGUAGGAUGUGGCACGAAGCUCGUAAACAAGAAAAGAAGAUUCGCGGGAUGUUGGUCGAUUACCGUCGACGAGCCGAACGUCGCCGUGAUUAUUACGAGAAAAUUAAGUCCGACCCUACGCAAUUUCUUCAACUUCAUGGGAGGCCAUGUAAAAUACACUUAGAUCCUGCGGUUGCGACCGCUGCGGACAGUCCAGUCAAUAUGAUGCCUUGGCAAGGAAACGAAGAUAACUUAAUCGAUCGAUUUGACGUGAGAGCACAUCUCGAUUGGAUUCCUGAAGCACCCGAUACCAUUGACGUAGAUAUAGCAUUAACAAGCGAGGACAGACAUAUCAAUUACGAACGAUAUCGCAUAAUCGUUCAGAAUGAAUUUCUCGGAGUAACCGAAGAAAAGUUUCUGCAUCAAAUUCAUUUGGAGGAACAGUUUGGAUCUUCGACUAAGCCCGAUUCGGUAAGAGAGAAGAAAAAAUCUAGCAAUAAUGCAGCAAUUGGAUAUAAUUAUGAAACCGAAGAACCAAUACCUGAAUCUGUGAAACCCAACGAUUCGACUACCCCAGAUGAAAAAGCAGAGGAUGAGGAUAGUGACAUAGAUUUAGAUAUUUGCGUGGACGUAUCUCAAAUCGAACCAUCGCAAGCACACGAAAUGAAUCAAGUAGCACAAAAAUAUGGACUCCUAGGAGCAGAUUAUUUCAGUUUUUUAACUCAAGAUUUUGAAGAGGCAGAAACAUUGAGGCAAGCUCGAAAACAGGAAGAAGAGAAGGCUAUGUACUCGGGUCGAAGAUCUCGACGAGAAAGGCGAGCUUUCAGAGAGAAAAAGAUGAUUGGCCGAGUUAUGAGUCCUCCAAGCUAUGCCGCGAGGGAGAGCCCAGAAUACAAUCCGUAUAGGAAGUCGUCAUCCAAAUCUCGUUCUCGAUCGAUGUCACCUGUAAAUACCGGACAGAUCACGUACAUUACAAGUUUUGGUGGCGAGGAAGAAGCUCAUGGUAGUUCUUCCCACGUUACCUCUACAAACCCUAGAAGAGUCAAUUAUUCGCACUUGAGAAGAAGGAGAUCAAACAGCCCAACCUUCAAUGACCGAAUGUCGCAUCGAAGGGUUUCAAAAUCUAGAUCGAGAAGCUUCUCCCGUUCCUUGAGCCGUUCUAAAUCGUAUCGAUCGCGGGACAGGAGGCGAAGCGUAUCACGAACCAGGUAUGACCCUCUCUUUCUCGAGGAAAAAGGGAAUUAUAUUAUCGGUAGGAGGAACUCACGCACAACUUUUACCAGGACUAGAAGAACUCGUUCGAGACCCAGAAAAAUGACCAGAUCUAGGACCAGAAGUCAUUCGAGACGGCAGUCGCGAUCUUGCACGAGGUCACGUUCUCGCUGCCGAAGUCUAAGUAGAUCACGAGAUUCACGAUCGCGAUCUAUAUCGCGUUCUAAAUCACGAUCCGUCUCGCGAUCGUGUCAGAGACGGUCGAGGACGACGUCAUCGAGCAGCUUCUCCCGUUCAAAGUCAAGGUCACGAUCAAAAUCGCGCAAUCGGAGUAAUUCGCGAGAGAGCUACCGCAGAAGACGGUAUUCGCCAUCCAAGUCCAGAUCGAGAUCACGCUCGAGAAGCAAGUCGCAAACGAGGUCUAGAACAAGGUCGAGGAGCCGUUCCAGCUGCAAGCGAUCCAGAAGCGUUGAAAACAAAGCCCCCACUUUGCCGAGAUACUAUGGUCGUCGUGGCAAAUCGUCCAGCUUGGAAUUGGAAUUAUCAGAUGUCGAAGAAAAAAACGUUCCUCCAGCACCCAAGCCUCCGACGGUUAAUGCUAACGUGAACAAACCAAAGGCAGGGUUAAGUACAAAUUCUGGUGGCGGACACAAAUCGACGAAAAUCACACCUCAAGAGCGGCUUAAGAAGAAAAUGCAGGCCCUGCUAAAUAGGCAAUACAAAGCUGACAAGAAAGCGGAACAACUGAGAAUGGAGAAGAUGGAACAGCAGAGGCAGGAUCGCGAGGAUGAAAUCCGAGAAAUGUCUCUGAAACUGAGAAGGAAGCAGAGAGAACGAAGACACAGAUACGAGGGACACAGUUCCGAUUCUCGAUCGUCAAUAUCACGCUCACCUAGUCCGAGUCGGAGCCCUCGACACCAAGUAGUUAGGAGAGAUAGGAGAGACAGGGACAUAAGGGAUUUGGAGGUGGAUACCGAAAGAGAUAGGGAAAGGGAGAGGGAAAGGGAAAGGGAAAGAGAAAGAGAGAGGGAAAGAGAUAGGCGAGAUGACAGAGAAAGAAGUAGACAAGAGUCAAGGAGGCGUUAUAGAGAUUCUCCGAUUCGCUCUUUAAGUCCACGCAGUAGUCGAGGUCUAGUUGAUUACUGACAAACGGAAAAGAGGUUGCCCCAUUGUCCAUUAAAAGAAUUUAAAAACUCCGUAGGCACUUCUCAUUUGCCCGCUCUUCCUCCUUAACUUGUUAAAUUUUUGAAAAGUUAUAAGAAUACUUACUAAUUGUAUGUACGCAGGAUUAUGACUUUGUUCCGUGUUAUGAAUUUAAAUGAACUUUGUUUAAUAAACGAAGUGAAAUACAAAAA